GCGAGGACGGUCGGCAUAUUAAGAUAAUCUCCAAGAUUGAGAGUCUGGAGGGCCUGUUGAACAUCGACUCCAUCAUCGCCGAGUCGGACGGAGUCAUGGUGGCCAGAGGCGACAUGGGUGUCGAGCUGCCCCCGGAAAAAGUGUUCAUCGCGCAAAAAUCCAUCAUCGCCAAGUGCAAUAUGGCCGGCAAGCCUGCCAUCUGCGCCACCCAGAUGAUGGAGACCAUGGCCACCCGACCGCGGCCCACCAGAGCAGAGCUGGCCGACGUCGCUAACGCAGUACUCGACGGCGCAGACUGCGUGAUGCUGUCCGCGGAGACGGCCAGUGGCGCCUUCCCGCUGGAGACUGUCCGUCUCAUGGACAAAACGUGCCGCCAAGCCGAGGCCGUGCUCGACUUUGAAGAAACGCUCGCAGAUAUUCACUCCCAGGUGUGCGCGUCCGACCGUGAACUGGCGCGAGCUGCCGAGGUGGUGCGGCACGCUCGGGAGGCCGGGGCGGCGGCGAUUCUAGUGCCGCCGGGGGAGGAGGGCACCGCACUCCAGCUGGCCAGACAUCACCCCUCCCCCGAGUGA